ACGUUGCUCCAACACGACGACGCACGGCGCAGGGGCGCAGCGAGUAACGGAUUACUGAUCGACCGGUCAACUCACCGAUGAGGCACGGAUUUUUUUGGCUCCAACUUUACGCUCAAUUUACGGAUGUUUUCCUCCACGUUUUUGAAACUAGAGAAAUUACAUGACAACCAUCUUUUCCCCCCAGACCGCCUGUUCAACUGAAGCCGCCGGUUUACCACAGAUGAGAAGAGUCUGAAACAAAGUUCUACAGUUUCUUCAUCUGGACAUAUUGUGGACAAAGGGCCGCGCGUAAAAAAGCCGGUUUUACGCGUUGUUCUAAAGCGCAAGAGACAAAUAACAAUCUGGAUUCACUUUUCACCACUUUUCCACAGCGGAAAUGAGCUCAAGAGCCGCAGCCUGGAUCCACUUCUGCUAAAACAUGGUCGCUGUAACUCCGCGUAAAACCGGGAUCUGACACCGACUUCUGGCUACAAUCAGCUUUUUUUCCGAUGGGAAGAUGUUCGCUGGACUGAUGGGGCUGAACUGUCACAACAACUCUCUGCUUCACCACUGCGAAGUCACAGAAGGUGGCAGAGCAUCAGGUGCGGCUGGCAGCUCCGGCCGUAAGAGGCUCCACAGAAGACCGGGGUACAUGAGAGGAGAGCAGUCCAGACUACAGCACACGCCUCAUGGUCAGGAGGAGGAGAAGGAGGAAGGGAGGACCACUUGCUUGAGGAACGGAAAAUCUGGGCGUCACCCUGACCUCACUGAAGCCACCAGCACACAGAGGAUGAGUCUAACACCUGCUGUCCAAGUGUCCUUAAUAAAUCAGCAGCAGCCUGAUAAACUCACAUGUAGCUCCAGGAAGAGUAAGAGCGUUAUCUGCUCUGUUACCCAUCCUCUGCCUCAUGAGGACUGCACUGCCAUCAACGGUACAUCCAGCCAUCAGGGUCCGUCCCCACUGCCGCAGAGGGAUCUCUGGUUAAAAUCAACCUCCGCACUACAGUCCUCGGACUCCUUUAACUCAAGCUUCAGUUUCAUCCGACAAUCGCUCGACUCAAGCCAGAGAAUGGACACAACCACUGCUCAACCAGCCCGGGAACGACAACCACUCAAUCAGUCAACUAAAGCACCUAGUUCACCUCAAACGAAACCAGAGAGCUUCCCUGCUGAUGUCUCCAAGCACUCCACUACUGGCCAAUCGCCACCCUCCUGCACUCUCUGCAGCCAGGCCGAGGGAGAGGAGCUGUUGUCAGAAGGGAGGUUUUGGCGGGAAUGUAUGUGGGAUGGCAGGGAGGCCUUGUCCGACCUGCAUGACUGCGACUGCCGAUCUCUGGACAUAGAGCUAACCUCCUCGCUGUCUGUGGACUCGGACACGGCGUCCGCCUCCUCUGUCACCUCAGGCUAUGAGAGCGCCACGCCCGCCUCCGACCAAGGCUGGGACAACCUGGUGAAGAAGUACGAGGUGGUGCUGCAAGACUGCCUCCAAAACAACCGCACACACACCAAGAUUGAAUCCAUGAUGUUGAAGCUGCAGAGACUCCAGCAGAAGGCUAUUUUGGAUGAUGACUAUGACGCAGCCGAGCGUUUUGGGAAAAAACUGGAGGAGCUGUGCAGUGAGCGGGGAGCUCUGCAGCUGGGUUUACCCUCCAGACAAACCAGCGUGGCUCUGUUCCUGGAGCGGCUCAGACAAGUGGUGCACAGCGCCCUCCAGAGGGCAGACUGCAGCCAGCACAGGGAGGGUGCAGAACCUGACGGGGGGGAGCGGUGUGACUCAUCCCAGGGUCAGCUGCUUCAAAGAGAUCGUCUGAUCCGAGAGAAACGGAUGGUGGAGGAGGAGAUGGCCGAGCUGCAGCAGAGGCUGGCGGAGCUGAGGGACCGCAGUCAAUGUCUGGAGGAGCAGAUCCAGCAGGAGGAGCAGCAGGUGGAGGCUGAGGAGCUGGAGGGCUCCGUGCUGAGGAGCUGCACCGUGGCCCAGCUCUGCGACAUGAGCCAAACACUGCAGGACCUCGUCACAUCCGAAAACCGCCUGCAGAUUUCCGUCUCCCUGCCACCUUCCACACUAAGGCUGCAGGAGCAGGAGCAGGCAUUGAAUCUGUCCAUCAAGGAAGCCACUGCUAAAGUGGUCAUGAGUCAGAGGCUGGGAAGCAGCCUAAGGAGAAAAGUCAGUGAGACUGAAACGCAGCUUUUGGCUCUGCAUGAAGCCAAACUGGCGGCCAUCUCAGGUAAUGACUUCAGCAGUGCCAAGGAGCUGAAGGCUGAGAUGAAGGCCGUUUACCAGGAGCGGGAUCGUCUGGAGGUUCUGACCAAGAGGCUGCACAGCCUCAGCUCGGGGAGCAGCCAGGAGCUGGCCAGGAUGAAGGAGCAGAGGCAGCAGUUAAGGAAGGAGCUGGAGCAGAGGGAGGCUCUGCACGAAAGCCGACUGAAAGAGAACACCACCAAGUAUAUUGAGCUGUUGGAGGACAGGCUGCACAGUUGUGGAUGUCCAGGUUUGGAGCGGAUCUGGGAAGCGGACCUGGAAGCGUGUCACCUGUUCCUGCGAGGCCUCCAGCUCCGGACCCCCAGCUGCAGUGGAGCAGUGGACAUCGAAGACCUCCCCGCCGCAGCAGUUUUCCCUCCAGUCCAGCCGUGCACCAAAGAGGAAGAAGACUGUGCCAUGCUGACUGCUUUAGGGGGGCGCUGGUGUCCUGAAGCCAACUUGCAGAACUCAGAGUUCACUAAGAAACUGGAGGAGUUUCUGUUCUGCAUGGAGGAGAAUCACCCAGAGGACGGGUGCAGCGAGGCUGAGGCUGCAGACCUGACAGAGCGCUGCGAGCUGAUCAGUGACAGGCUAAUGACCUUGGAAGAUGAAUUGCAGAUGGCCAUACUAAACCGGGAUCAGGUCCUCACCCAGUCCCUUGAAAAAGAAGUUCAGGAGGUGAAAGCCACUCUGCAGACCAUGCUCGUGCAGCUCAAAGAGGAGGAAGAGGAAGGGAACGAGUUAACAGACGAUGACCUCAUGGAAAAUGGGAUUGAGGAGGAAGAAGAGGAAGAGGAGGAGGAGGAGGAGGAGGAGGACCAGUACUUCAGUGACAGCUGGGACAUUUGAAAUGGAUGCCUGUACUGUUUUAUGACCACUCACACACAGACCAACUCUCUGAGACCCUGACCCCGGCUUUGCAGUCGAAGUGACCCCAUAUCCAUUAACUAUACAGCCUCCCUCAAAGCGCUUUACAACCAGCCUCUGUGGUAACGUAGAAAGUUUCCACUACAAGUCUGUGUGACAUUUUAUACACAAACAAAAAAAGGAUUUUUUAAAUAUAUUAUAAAAAAUAAGGCACUUUAAUGCAAAUCCAGUCGUUCCUAGCCUAAAUAUGAAAGAGUUCUGUAGCUGAGCUGACAUGAUGAUUAUUUCAAAUGUGUUUUUGGAUCCAUGUUUAAGCAAAUAAGUGUUUUCUUUUAUUCAGUUUUUAACGUCGAGUAUUGGGGUUAUCUUUAUGAAAAAACAUAUUUUAGGAAUGAAGUCCUAAUAUCUGAGAAUUAAAUUGUAAUUUAGAGGAAACUCUUAAUAUUACAAGACUGAAGUAAAGUUAUUGAUGUAAAGUCCUAAAACACAAGGUAACAGUAGUGCUUAGGGAGAAAACCAUACAGUCAGUGCACAGACCCAGUAGUAUCAGUUACACAGCAGUGUAACUAUCCAGUGUUUGCUAAUAUUAGCCAUCAUAAAUUACCUAAGGAUUUCUGUUUCACCAAAACCCCUGGGCUGGAUUGAUUAAUGAAUGGUGAGGUGCAUUUGUUAUGAACUUUGAAUUCAUAAAUUCAAAUCCAAAUCCAAAAUUAAAAAUUUUAUUCAAUAAAAAACUGAUGACUCCCUGCUGAUACCAGUGAAUCGGGCCAAGUAAAGAACAAUGUAAACAUAUUUUACAUUCUUGCACAUAAACUUUAUACUGCUCAAUUUUUUACGUGUUUUCAGUAGAAUUUGACUUUAAUUACAUGUAAUUUUGUGCAUUAAAUAUCAUUUGUGGUGCUACAGAAUGUGAGCUAACUUGAACACUUUAUUUUUGUGUGUGUGGAAAAUGCAAUAUUUACAUUUUUGUUCCCUCCCUGUCUUAAAGCAGUGUAUCAUUGAAUAGAUGCUCUGUACUUUAAAAUAUAUCAGUCACAUUUGUGUCUUAUACAUUUAUAUAUUAAAAAACGAAGGAUAAAAUAUGAGUGGGCACAUAAAAUAAGGAUUUGCAACUGCUGUUUUUUUGUCAUUAUGUUUUAUUUUAUUUCAUGUCAGCUCAGAAUACACUUGUUCAUUCCACUGGGCGUCAAUUGACUUUUUGCCAGAAACUGUUUUGUGCUUUCACCCAUUAAUCCCUUUUAGUUUUUUUAUUCACUGUGCAUCUUGGAAGUGGAUGUAUCAUAAAUUUAUUCCAUACAACAUCUCACUAAUUACAGCAUGUACCAUUCAGCCUAUGUUGUUUCCUGCUGUUUUCUUCUUGUAUUGAGCUACUACCCCUCUGGUGAUUUUCCCUCAUAUAAAAUGUGCGGGCAUGCUGCCAGGCGAGUGAGGGCAGUGGUGACAUGUAGGAGAUAUCAAUACGGUAAUAAAGGUUCUCUAGUGAGCUCUUUGGGGGAUACAUGGCCCUCUAUUGUUAUCUCACCUCCGCAGCGGCGGUGUGGCUAAUUGGGAGGCGGCUCCUCAGAGCACAUGGCGGAAUGGUGUUGCUUUGUCUCCAUCUGAUUCUGAUUUUUUCUUUGGGAGCGGGGGGCUAUUGAGGGAUCUGCAGAGGCGUAUCAGCCGUCUUGCGCUCAGGGCUGUAAACACAGCUGAGUGCUCAGGGUUUUCCACAUGCAGCACAAUGGGCCUCUCUCACAUUACCGCCAGGUUGCAAACCACUUGCCAGGCCAGAAGUCUCUACAUCGAUCAGCCUCGGGCGGCGCAAAGACAUGGCCUACACCUUCCUGCCAAACACCCCUACCUCAUAAUUGAAUCUGUGCUUGCACCAUACUGUGCCCCGUGUGGCAGCUCAGCUCAUAAAAUGGCCACAGAGAAAAUGAUUUUCAGUAGACAGGUACACUCACUGUAGCAGGGGGAGAGGUUUCGUAAAGCCAAAACGAUGCACUUUGCAGCUGAGGGUCCUUUGUCUCAUCACAUUAUUUGAAUCUCUUUUCUUGCCAUACAUUUUCCAUCUGCCCCUCCCAGUUGCUGUUGUUCUUGUCGUGCUUUGUGUUCUUCCAUGGGAAAAUAAUAUGAUUUUUCAUGUUAACCUUCACUCCCAUAAAAUAAUAAUAAUAAAGAUAUGCAAUGUUCCUGGCCUUGGAUUUGACACUAUAGGAUACUACAGUAGGUACUAAUCUAGUUAGCCACACAUGCUAA